AUGCCUGCAAACGAACCCAAAGAAAGGACCCAGACAGCACCAGGGGCCCCUCAAGGGGGCCCCCCUAGAGAGGGGCCCCCUGUGGGGGGCCCCCCUGAAGAGGGGGCCCCUCAAGCGGGGCCCCCUGGAGGGGGGACCCCUCAAGAGGGGCCCCCUCUAGAGGGGUCCCCUGAAGAGGGGGCCUCUGCGGUACUGGGGACCCUUACAGAGGGGGCCCCCCACGAGGGGGCCCCUCAAGGGGAGGGGGCCCCUGCAGCAGCAGGAGCCCCUCAAGAGGGGGCCCCUCAAGGGGAGGGGGCCCCCGCAGCAGCAGGGUACCCCAUUGCACCAGGGGCCCCUACAGACGGGGCCUCUAUAGAAAACGGCCCCGCAGGGGGGGCCCCCAUGGAGGGGGCCCCCAUUAGGGGAGCCCCCAAUGAGGGGGCCCCCAUAGGGGGGCCCCUCAUAAGGGGGGCCCCCGUAGUAGGGGAUCAUUUGAAUGGGGGCCCCUCUAAGGAGGGGCCCCCUGAGCGAAUCUUGCUGCUAUUUCUGCUGCUGUGGAAGACCCUGCAGCAGAUGGUUAUGAAGCAGCAGCAGCAGCAUCUGCAGCUGCUGCUGCUGCUGCUGUGGGCGAGCCAGACGCGGCAGCAAAUGGCGGUGCAGCAGCAGCAGCUGCUGCUGCUGGAAAAGCAGCAGCUGGCCAAUUUGUGGGCCCCCCCAGAGGCCGCUGGAAGCGCCGCGGGGGCCCCACAGCAGCAGCAGCAGCAGCAGCAGCAGACACAGCAGCAGCAGCAGCAGACACAGCAGCAGAAGACGAAGCAGCAGCAGGCGCAGCGUCCGGAAGGUUCAAGCGGCGCCGAGAGGCUUCGCAGGCGCCCGGCCCCUGGAUUGCAAAUGGCAGCCAUGAUGUCGCUCAUGAUGGUCAAGGGUCUGGUGCAGUCUGUGCAACAACAACGAGCGCAUGCACCCGCGUUCGCGGUUCUUCGGGGGCCCCCUGGACUUCGCAGAGUUGUCGAAAAGGGCCCCCUUUCUGUCUCCUUUUCUUUCUUUUUCUUCUUCCGGAAAAGUCUUUUUUGA